AUGAACGUCGCGUUGAAGGCAACUCUGUAUGACAGAUCUCGCUUGAAAAAAUGGCACAAGGACAGCGGCGAUGACGACGCGUUUGAUGACGAGGAGGAAACGGACGCAGAAGCCACCGUAGUGAAUAAAGAAGGAAGCUUUUACAAAAAGUUAUACGCCCUCAUCGAGUCCAAAUCGACCUACAUCAAUUUGGUCCUAAAGUGCAGGACUGAUAAGGACAGCGAAAACGCCACUGCCCAGAAGAAGCGGUACCUUAGGGCCAAUCGGAAGUCCCAGGAUGAGGAGAAGGCCGAGAGGGAGAAUGCCUUAAAUACGAUUAGGGAAAUAGUCAAGAGGAAGUUUCCAAAGCGCGCUGAGGAAAAGAUAGACUUGUACUUGAAGGAAGUUAUAGGAAACCCGCCCCCCGAGAACUGUGCCCUUCACAAGACCCUCUACCAAAGAAACCAAGCCAACCUCUUCGUGAAGCACAACCUACUCAGCUACCUCCUAAAUUUCGUGGACAACAAAACUCUCAUGAAACUCAAGGAGUGCUCAAAGGUAGACAACGAAGUGGUAAGUCUGUACCUCCGAAAAAUACUCCACACCUUAUCCUUCAAGGAUGACGAAAUAAAGGCCAAUAUACACUACUGGAGAAAUGUCGUUAAUUAUUUUUUUUGCAAAACGGGUACCCUCAAACCAAUGGACAGAAAUAAUUACCCACCUGUCACCAAAGAGUUCGAAAAGAACAAAAGCUUCUGUGUAAUUACAGAAGAUUCUAUGGAUUCAAAAGUUUAUAUCAGCCUAGACUACUUCAAUGACAAAUUGAUAAAAUCCUGUACACAUACAAAUCCUCUUCCCCACACAUGUGAAGAUACGAACGUACCAAAAGGAGUAGAAGUUAUUUUAAAAAGUGAAAAAAUCUCAAUUGUCGAUUUUGUUGAAGAAUAUUAUAAAAGACUCAUAGUUAAUGAUGAUGAGCUGAUGUGGCACAUAUGCCAUUUCAGAAAAUCUCGCAAAUUUUUAACUCUGCUUCUCCUAGAGUACCUCAAGUGUAUGAUCCAUGUACUCGAUAAAUACAGUGGCAAUUUUGUUUUUAAAAAAACAGAGUACUUGGUCAACUGUGGUCACCAUAUUACACACCGAAUUUGGAUCCAAAUGUUUUAUGACUAUGGGUAUGAAACACUAACCAAUCAGAAAGAGCAAAAGGGAGACGUCAACAGGGGGCACAAGACUACUGCGGGGUUCCCCAAACGUGAUAAUACUAAACAGAAGAAUGAAGCACACACGGAUAGCACAAUCAAUAAGACACUCUACCUAACCAUUGCUGAUCAUUUCAAGUGGGAUGCAUAG